AGUAAACAGUAUUAAAAAAAUAAUGAUCAACGUCUGUUUUAGAAGUUAUUAAUUUUUUUAAAUAAUACACAUAUUUUGAAAAAUAGUGUAGUUUAUUUUUGACAUCAUGGUAAGGCCUUUCUUACAUUUUAGAAUGUUUCGAUGUGUGUUUCAUCGAUAUUUCGUUAUUCUCUUAUUGACAAUUCUAUCUAGUAAGAAAAAUGAAUAAAAUAAAUUUUUUUAACUGUGUCCAAUUGAGUAGUUUCUUUUUAUAUUUCGGUUUUUUGGAACACGCUACCAAACAAUAGGGAAGUGUAUGGAACAAACAUAAGUCCAUCUUUAUGGAAGCGUCCAUAUAAACUUUUUACUCCUAGUAUGAAGCUACGUGAAUAUUCAAUUGAUACAUCUUGCACAGCUACAACGCCGUGUUAUUUUGCAAUGGUAGCCGACCGUGAUCAACAAACAUUAGUUAGUAAAGAAUUUCCAUUAAUGUUCAGAACAUAUAUGUUCGGUGGACGACUUUUUUGGAAUGCAACAUUAAAACAAUAUAGUAUACAAUUUAACGCAGAACGUGUAACUGUCCAGUCUAUGUAUAAUGAAGGAGGUCGAGGAUUAGAAUUAAGUGAACUAAUUUUCUUUGAUAAGAAAUUGUUAACGUUUGACGACCGAACAGGUAUUUUAUAUGAAUAUUUACAAAAUGGCGCACUUUUACCAAAAAUGAUUUUAACUGAAACGAAAAAUAGUAGUAAGGGUAUGAAGAUCGAAUGGGCUACCGUUAAAGAUAACGUUUUAUGGGUUGGUAGCUUUGGUAAAGAAUAUAUAGGGCCCCAUGGAGAAAUCCUUUCGAAUGAUAAAUUUCAAAUAGCUUUAGUGAAUUCUCAUGGAAAAGCUAUUCAUUUGAAUUGGAAACCUGUUUAUUCAAAAAUACGAAAAAUGCUUAAUUUGGAACAUCCGAGAUACAUUUUACACGAAGCUAUUUCCUGGAGUUCACAUUUAUCAAAGUGGGUCUUCCUACCAAGACGUGCAAGUGAGGAGCCUUAUGAUGAAAUCAAAGAUGAGACAAAAGGAACAAAUUUAUUGAUCAUUGCAUCAGAGGAUUUCAGUUUUAUUGAAAUAAAACGAAUUUCUGGAAUUUUAAGACCAGAACGUGGUUUUUCAUCUUUUAAAUUUUUACCAGGAACAAAUGAUCGACUUUUAUUGGCAGUGAAAACUGUUGAAAUAAGUUUGCAACAUUAUCAUGCAAGCUAUUUAACCAUUAUAGAAACAUUAACAGGUCAAGUUAUUCUUGAUGAUGUAAAAAUUCCUUUUGAAGACAAAUAUGAAGGAAUAGAAUUUAUUCCUAAAACACUUUAUUUUCCCUUCAAAAAAAAUUAAAAAAAAUUCUAUCAAAGUGAAAAAAUUAUUUUGUUAACUUUUUAAUUUUUUUUCUUUUUUGUGGGUAUUAACACAUUUUUUUAAAAUCUACAAAACACGUUAGUUUUUUUAUUACUUUUAAUUUUUUUUACCUCAAAAGA